AAAGAAAAACAAAAACAUAUCUGCUGUGGAUUAGAAGGUGAAGAAGAAGAGAAGAAGUGAAAUAUUGUGCCAUGGCUGCUACAUCAACAUCUAUGUUCAUUGUUCUGUACUUUGUGGUAGGAGGAUUUGUUGUAUGCAACCUUCUUUCCAAUCGAUGCAAUGCCGAUGCAGAAGUAGAUGCACUAAUAGAUUUCAAGAAUCAGUUACAAGACCCACAAAAUGCUAUGGAAAACUGGGACCCGAAUCUGGUAAAUGCCUGUACAUUUUAUAAUAUCAUAUGUGAUGGCGACAAUCAUGUAACGACUGUUAAUUUGCCAUUAAAUGACCUUUCUGGUCCCCUCUCACCACGGAUCGCUGAUCUUCCCAACUUACAAUACCUGUAUUUAUAUGGCAAUUCAUUGACUGGAAGCUUGCCACCAAGUUUGGGGAACUUAAAUAAUCUCAUUGCCCUUAGACUUUUUAACAACAAGUUAAGUGGAGAAAUUCCCAGCUCACUUGGCCAACUCUCCAAACUUAAUUUCCUAGAUCUCUCAAACAAUCAACUCAGUGGCCCUGUUCCAAGAGAUGGAGUGUUAUCAAAAUUUGGAUUUGAUAGUUUUAAGGGCAAUCCAGACCUUUGCGGUGAUGUUGUCAACAAGGGAUGCUAAAAAAAAUGGAAUGAUUUGUACAUCAUUUUAUCUAAAAUAAUUGUUGAUAAAACAAUAAGGUCCACCUUUUAGUUUCUACUUUUCAUGCGAGGCAAUCACAAAAUCCUAUAUGUAAUGUAAUAAAGAUUAUAUUAAUAAAUAUCAAUAAGGCAUGCAUUUAUAU